GAAAAUAUUCAUCAACCAAAGAACCAAACCGAAAAAACACACACACUUUACUCACAACACAAAGAAGAUAAGAGAGAGAUGGCGACGUCGGGAACAUAUGUGACUGAGGUACCGUUGAAAGGAUCGGCGGAGAAACACUACAAGCGAUGGAGAAAUGAGAACCACGUCUUUCCCGACGCCAUUGGCCACCACAUCCAAAGUGUCACCGUCCACGACGGUGAAUGGGACUCUCAUGGGGCCAUCAAGAUUUGGAACUACACAUGCGAUGGGAAACCGGAGGUGUACAAGGAGAGGAGAGAAAUCGACGACGAGAACAAUGCUGUCAUUUUUAGAGGUCUUGAAGGACACCCGAUGGAGACUCUUAAGGUGUAUGAUGCCAUCUUACAGUUCAUUCAAAAGUCGCCUGAUGAUAUCAUCUGCAAGAUCACUAUGAUCUGGGAGAAGCGAACCGAUGACUCGCCUGAGCCCAUCAACUACAUGAAGUUUGUCAAGAGCAUGGUUGCUGAUAUGGACAACCAUGUCGUCAAAGCUUAAAAAAAUCCCAUCCUCCCCUAUGACCCUAUCUUUCGAACCAUCAUCGUCAUAUAUGGCUCCAUUCGUGUAUGUGUGUGUCGGUUUAUCUGUUGAAAUCAAUAUAAUAAAUAAGGAGGCUCAUGUAUGGUAUUAUUAAUUACGAUUACUGCUUGCGGUUUGUAAUAUGCUUUCAUGUUGUUUAAAAAAAGGUUUAUAUGCUUUCAUGUUUAA